GCGAUACUCGCCAUGCGGCAAGAGGAAGUGUCAUGGUGGCCUCCAGGAUUUCCUUGCUCAACACUCUAAGCAACCUCUGAAGAUGGUCUGUUAUGACAGGAGAAGUUGCUGCCCCAAUAGAGGGAAAACAGUGGACCUCUUCUGGUUUGGCUGGUAGAAGUUAUGGCUGUUGGUGGUUUUUACAGGAAUCUUAAAGCAAUAGCAAAAUGAAUAAAAAAACAAGUUCCUUUUUAUGGAACCUCAGACAGUUGAAUCUAAACAUUUGUCCAUUUGGUUCCUCAAGUAUUAGAAGAAUGAUGAAGGGAGACCAUUUGGAGCUUCAGAAACCAAAAAUUACCUACCAAAAUAGCAUAUUAAAAAAUCUUCUUCUCCUUCAGUCUCUUCAAAAACCUCUAUUAUCUGUUAGAUUUUUCUGUCAAGGUGUGUUAGUUUUUCAGUUGGAAGGCAGUGAAAUCCAGAAAAGAAGACUGAACACAUUAACAUCAGCUUCAGUUGGCAAGCUCCUCUACCCUAGACAACUGUCUUCUGACUCCCAAUGCUUUUUCAUGUCAGACACAACACCUCACCUUGCUGUUGAUGGGCCAAAGAAAAUGAUGGUUCCUCUUGAACAUGAUCUCUCUCAAAAGGAAAAGCAGCUAGACUUUGUCAAACACAGGCACCUCAUUAAGCAUUGUAAUUCCAUGAGUGAUGUAUUGGACAUAUUUUCAAAGUUUCCUAGGUUUUCUAGCUGUAACUAUUUCAUAAGUAUGUGGAAAAUUGCUAAAAAUAUGUCUGAAGACCAGAAGCGUUUUGAAAGACAGUUGCUUUAUGAACAUCCUGCUUUUAAUCAGCUCUGUGACCAAGUAAUGAAAGAAGCCAAGACUGUAAAGCUUCAACAGGUGAUAUUCACUCUGUAUGCUUUGAUCAAGAUCGGAAUCCCGCAGAACACUUAUCUAGUUCAGGUCUUGCUGAGGGUAGUGCAGGAACGUAUCAAUGAGUGUGAUGAGACAUGUCUUUCAGUUUUAUCACGUACCUUGGAAGCCAUGGGGAAAAGCAAAAAUGUGGAUGCUCUUCGUGCAGGAUUGCGGCUGUUAGUUGAUAAGCAAAUUUGGACACUAGAACACAUCUUGACUCUACAAACCAUGAUGAAAUGUAUUGGAAAAGAUGCCCCAUACCCUCUUAAAAAGAAAAUAGAGAUAAAAGCCUUGAAAGAAUUAGAUAAAUUUUCUCCUGUAAAUAGCCAGCACAUGUUUGGUGCCCUGGCUGCCCUGAACCACCGUUCUGUCAUACUCCUGAAUGAAUGCAGUAAAAUGGUUGCUGCUGAUAUCCAUGGAUGUCCUUUUUGGAUGCUAAUGAGUAUCCUGCAGUCCUGCAGAGAUCUCCAGUACCAAAACUUGGAUCUCUUUACAGCAAUUGCUGACUAUGUAACUACAACUUUUGACAUGUGGAAAAUGAAACAAGUUCUUGCUCUUCUACUUGUUUUUGAGUCCUUGAGAUUUAGACAUAUUGGUUUGAUGAACUUGUUUCUUAAAAGAGUGGUGGACAUAUCUCAAUCUCUAAAUCAGAAAGAAAUUUUAUGUAUUCUUCAUAUAUAUUCCUCUCUUAACCACAUCUGUGACUCUGAGAACCAACAGUUCUUAGAGGCUAUCACAAGUGCUUUGAAUACUUAUCUUCCAAAAAUGUCAUCGUUCAGCUUGUUGAAGGCAGUGUACUGCUUUUGUGUGUUGAAUCAUUUCCCCCAGGAGCCUUUUAAUCAACUUUUCCAAGAGAAUAUCAUCAAUGAGUUGCUGACGUCAGGUACUGAAAGUGAGAGGACUGAGUAUAUGCUCCAUCAGGUGAAUGCUUGCUUGGAACUUGAAGGCACCUCAGUCCUUAAGUCCACAGCUAUAACAUUGAGGGAAUGCUCUUCAGCCCCAUUUCGUUCACAUGUAGACAUUGAAGAAAUGUUGUUAAACCUUUUGGAAAAUAAGAGACUAUUUUUAAAAAAUGUACAGCUGCCACAUAAUUAUUUUGUUGAUUUUGAAUUGAGAAUGGAUUCUAAGAGAAGCAAAGUAUUUCCAGUAUCUGAAGCAGAUGCGUUCAUAGCUGAACCGGAUAUUAUCAGAGUGGCUUUGCUCUGUGUUUCUAGAUCUGCUUUCUGUUUUGGCACCACUCACCCCAGAGGAGGGCUGGGAAUAAAGAUGCGUCACUUAAAAGCCCUGGGUUUUCAUGUGAUCUUGGUCAAUACCUGGGAGAUUAAGAAAUUGGAUAUGAGCCUUGCAGUCACGUUUCUGAAGAACAAAAUCUUCUCACAAGAAGCUUUCCCCACUGCUCCUGGAUUUGCAGCAUAAGAUGUUAAAAUAAAAGGAAGAUUUCAUGGGGAAUGAGUUUCCAUUAUGAAAAGGAACACAUGGAUGGAUUGUAGUAUUUACUAAAGCCUGACUUUUGUUCCUAAAUCUACUGCCAAAGGAGAGUUUUCUGGAUAGCUCACUGAAACAGAUGAUAUAAUUAGAAGUGUGCACCGCUAAGAAUUACCAUAUCAAACUGGAAGAAUUUUAGCUAAGGAAUUUUCUUUUAAUUAAUUUAAAUAAAAAUUUCAAAGCAGAUAAAAUA